AUGUCUGAACUCCACACUCUUACCGAGCGAUUGAAUAGCUUGGGCCUAGGCAGUGCUCUCACACCUUUCCCUGGCUCGGAUCCUGUUAAUAAUCCCUUCGAUCUCUUUCGUUCUUACAUCUCGGAAGAGCUUUCCAAGAUAACUGGUGUGUCCCGUGAUUUGGUCUAUCCUGCUUUGGAGUGGACUAAUACCCCAGACCGCGGUGAUUUAGUUAUUCCUAUUCCCCGUUUGAGAGUUAAAGGCACUCCACCAAUUGAAUUGGCAAAGAAAUGGGCUGCUGAGUUUCCUGAGAACAGCUAUUUGAAGGCUGUUGUAGCUAAUGGCCCUUUCAUUCAGUUCUUUUUCAACCCUAGCGUUUUAUUCAAUCUUGUUUUAAAAGAUAUUUUGACAUUGAAUGACGACUUUGGAAAUAGUACCAUUGGAAAGGGUAAGAGAACGGUAGUUGAAUUUAGCUCCCCCAAUAUUGCCAAACCUUUUCACGCUGGUCAUUUGAGAAGCACAAUUAUUGGAGGUUUUAUUUCCAAUUUGCAUGAAAAAUUGGGCUACGAAGUUAUUCGUUUGAACUAUUUGGGUGAUUGGGGAAAACAGUUCGGCAUUUUAGCUGUUGGUUUCAAGCGCUACGGCUCUGAGCAAGAAUUGGAGUCUAACCCAAUCAACCAUCUUUUCAACGUGUAUGUUCGAAUUAAUAAGGAUAUUGAAGCAGAAAAGGAAGCAUCGACCAAUGCCUAUUAUGAAGAUCACCCUAAUGAAAAGCCACAAGAGAAAGUUGAAGUCGAGGAAAAGAAACCCCAGGAGAUUAAGAAGGGUGACAAAAAACCUGAAUUGGCCACCCCUGCGGUCCCUGGAGUUCCAGCAUUUGUUCCUACUUCUGCAACUGACGAUGAGGCUCGAUCUUAUUUUAAGAAGAUGGAGGAUGGUGAUGAGGAAGCCCUUGCACUUUGGAAAAAGUUCCGUGAUCUUUCUAUUGUCAAGUACAAGGACACUUAUAAGCGUCUCAAUAUUGAAUAUGACUCUUAUUCAGGUGAAUCGCAAGUUUCCAAGGAGGUAAUGCAGAAGGCUACUAAACUUUUUGAGGAAAAGAAUCUGUUAACUGAAGAUAAGGGUGCUAAAUUAAUUGACUUGACACCGUAUAAUAAAAAGCUUGGCAAGGCAAUUGUUCAAAAGAAAGAUGGAACUAGUCUGUAUUUGACCCGUGAUGUUGGUGCUGCUAUGGACAGAUAUGAAAAGUAUAAGUUCGAUAAGAUGAUUUAUGUUAUUGCCUCGCAACAAGAUCUUCAUACUGCCCAAUUCUUUAAAAUCCUUGAUCUCAUGGGAUUUGAAUGGGCUAGUAGAUUGCAACAUGUCAACUUUGGUAUGGUUCAGGGCAUGUCUACACGUAAAGGAACAGUUGUUUUCCUUGACAACAUCCUGGAAGAGACGAAGGAUGCCAUGCACGAUGUUAUGAAGAAGAAUGAGGCCAAGUAUUCUCAAGUGGAGAACCCUGACGAAAUCGCUGAUCUUGUAGGAAUUGCUGCUGUUAUGAUCCAAGAUAUGCAAGCUAAACGUAUAAACAACUAUGCUUUCAACUGGUCUAGAAUGCUUUCAUUCGAAGGUGAUACUGGUGCUUAUUUGCAGUAUGCUCACUCGCGUCUCUGUUCCAUUGAACGUAACGCAGAGUCGCUCGUGGAUUUGAGCACUUUACAUGAGGCAGAUUUUUCGUUGUUGAAGGAACCUAUUGCAGAAGAAUUAGUCCGUAUAUUGGCACAAUAUCCGGAUAUUUUACUUGCUUCUCUUCGUUCUUUAGAGCCUUCAACUGUGGUAACCUAUUUAUUCAAGCUGACACACUGUGUCUCUUCUUGCUAUGACAUCUUGUGGGUCGCUGGUCAAACACCUGAACUUGCGAAAGCUCGUUUGGCUCUUUAUAGCAGUGCUAGACGCGUUCUUAGCAACGGUAUGGAGUUAUUGAAUUUAACUCCUGUCAAACGUAUGUAA